UGUCGUUCGCUGGCUAGGUGCCCGGGACAUGAAUGGAGCUCUCAUCCCAGGCACGCCCAUUGCAGUGGAUUUUUGGAGCAUCAGGAAAGCCAGCCAUGCUCGCUUGUUCUUUCUCUCCCACAUGCACUCUGACCACACAGUGGGGUUAUCCAGCACCUGGCACCGGCCCAUCUACUGCUCCCCCCUCACGGGACGAAUCUUGCACCACAGGCUGAAGGUGACGGAGCGCUGGAUACAGCCCCUGGAAGUGGGCCAGAGCCACCUGGUGGCCCUUGAUGAGGUUGGUAAAACGACCAUGACGGUGACCCUGAUAGAUGCCAACCACUGCCCUGGCUCAGUCAUGUUCCUCUUUGAGGGCCCCUUUGGUGUCAUCCUCUACACAG